AUGGUUUAUGUGAUUGAUGAGGUUGGGGAAGAAGGGCAGAUCCUUAAGCCAAAGGAGUUCCAAUCAAAAUUCCGCAAUGCAAUUGGGGCCCUAGUCAGAGACAAGUUGAACCCAUCAAUCCGUAAUUGGCACGACUAUCCAGAGGACAUAAAGGAUGACCUAUGGAAAAAUCGUCUAUUGGUCAAUUUUAAUUUUAGGAUUCCGGCAGAGAAGCUACCCCUAGUAAGACGACGUGCUAUGAAGAUGAUGGGAGAAUCCUUCCGACGUUGGAGGAAUGAGCUGAACACCGAGUACAUCAAAAAGGGGUUAACUCCGUACCAUAAGUAUGGACACAUCACUCCUGCUAUCUGGGCGUUGCUCGUGGCUGAGAAGACUGCACCAGAAUCUUUGGCCUUAAGUGAAAAGAACAGCUUGCAGGCGAAGAAGAACAUCCACCACCCUCGUCUAGGCCCCGGUGGCUACGAGGGCAAGGAAGAGAUGUUUAGAAAGAUGGAAGAGGAGGCCGUAGCUGCUGGGAAUACAAAAGUAAUGAAAUUGAAGCCACGCACCAAGCGUUGGCUCUUUGCCAGGAAUCUUGAAGAAUCAGGCAGCAGUCUGAAAUUUGCCAAGCCAGAGACCGAGGAGGCAGUGUCAAGGAUAAUGAAAUAUUCUGAAGAUAUCGAGAAGGGCUCAUUCACUCCUUCUAGAGAGAAGGACGAGCUUAGCCUUGGCUUGGGAAACCCCGAGCACCCAGGCCGUGUCAGGGGGUUAGGGAAACAUAAGACCUGGAAGGAAGGAUUUCGAGAGGAUGUGGAGAUGUACAAGAAACAUGGUAGAAACCGGGAGGAGAGUCUUGCCACCCUAGUGAAGACCCUAGUUGCCAAGGAACUACAGGAGCAAGGACUGUCUACUGAGCGACGGUCACAAAUGGAGCCGCCUAGGGAUUUGGUUCUAGUUGGUAGCCCUCCAAAUGUUCAAAGCAGCCAAGGUUCCAAUGCAGCCUCCGCCUCAGUCGAUCACAUACGGGUGCCAACUCGUUGCAUCCUGUUGAUUCCCAUCGGUAGGGGACAGGAGAUGGCUGAGGUCGCAACGGGUCUGGCACAUCCUCCAAUUCCAGGCGACAUCUGGCACCAUAAACCGGUCCCGGCCGACUAUAGUAAGGUUGAGGUGCAUACCGUGAAUCCCGAGUACGCGAAGCAUAAGAUUGAACACCCAACUAGCGAGGGGAUUCGUGAGCUUGGACUACUCAUGAAACAGUUCAUCCUAUGGUACAAAAAGGAUAUUGUGUUGAAUGUUUCCUCGCCAACUCCAAGUGAUGUACACCUGGAGAGAGUCCACCUUGAGGAUGGAGCGGUGUAUUCACCGUCUCAUGAGGACCACUUGAUGCAUGAGAGGGUACCGGCUUCUCCAACCGCUGGUGAGCAAGGGGUCGAGCCAGGGCAUGAUGAGACGCCACAUGAGCCUCAAAUAGGUGAACCUUCUGUAGCUCGUGCGGAGCCAGAGCAUGAGAUGCCACAUGUGCCUCAUAGUCCGCAUUCUUCUACAGCUCGUGCCGAGCCAAAGCGUGAUGAGACACCACAUGUGCCUCAUAGCCCAAAACCUUCUACAGCUCGUGCCGAGUCAGAGCAUGACGAGACACCACAUGUGCCUCCUAAGCCACAACAUUCUCCAGCUCGCCCCGAGCAAGGCCAUGAUGAGAUGGCACAGACUUUUCAACAAGCACCGCCGACACAUGAAGAACUACUCCCUCUAGUAUGUGAAGCUCGUGAAAAGAUCCCCAUCAUGAUAAGGUCGACAGGGUCAAAAUCUUUUGUGGAUAUGAAUGUCUCGGGUAUGUACAAGUGGUAUGCUCAUGACCAGUUCAAGCCUGAGAACCAAGGCCCGAACAAAUUUGCCUACAGGAUGCCCACUGACACCUCAGACUACACAACGAUAACAAAGUAUCCAGAUGUUGAAACCAUCAAGUGGUCAAAGGAUUGCCCGAAAGAAUAUGUAAAAGGCAAACGUUUCCUACCAAACCGGGUCUUGUGUAAGAUGCCAUAUGGAAUGAGAAGGUUCCAUGAUUGGUACUACUUGCAUGUUUCACGUACAGAACUGAAUGUGUUGGAAGCAGUAAUACCUGCUCGCACAUUUGGAGGCCCUGCUUCGGGUAUUGCCUUUGACUUCAGCGACAUCCAAUCAUGCUUUCACCUUAGUUCAAUGUCGAUGAAUCUGAUUCGCACUUGGUGCCUAAUGCAAGCAAACUUUAUGAAAUCUACACGCUCAACGAAAGCCGGGUAUGUAGACCCUAUGCCUAUAGCACAAAUAAAUUUUAAUUACCCAUCGAGAUGGGAAUUGGAUGCGCCACAGCUAGCUGCUGGAGGGACGUUGGCGGAGAAAGAAAAGAUCCGUGCGGCCAAAAUAAGAGAAGAGUCUCUUAAGGUUGCGGCAUGGCUUGCCGUAUGUUUAAAGAAUCUCCAACACUUCGAAACAAUAUGGAUUCCAUACCACUUCAACAAUCACUGGAUAGUCAUAGGUCUCGAUGUCGGGAUGAACAUGGCAUGGAUUUGUGAUUCUGCAGAUUUUGACCCUCACACAUAUAAAGACUUCAUGUCAAUUCUCAUUACGGCAUUCAGGGCCUAUGUCAAGAAUCACAAAGGAAGGCAUGAUCCAGGUCUGGGGAGCCACUUGCGUUUCAAAUUUCUAUGUUCGGUAAGUGCGACUUAG